CCGAUAGGUGCGUGUGAAAUCUCGGACGGCUCAGGGGAGGGGCAGAGACAGCAAAACUAACGGCGGGUCUGAACUGUCGCCAAGCCGAUCAAAGACAGUGCAAGUCUCCGGUGUGAUGGCGGACAGCCCCAGCCUGCUCACGCCCGUCGCCGUGUACUCGCUCUCGGCUUGCGCCGCACAGUUUGCGGCGGGGUACCUGCUGGCGCUGCUAUGGGGCAGAAAGUGUUCCACGGUGGACAGAUGGGUCCUGGUGUGGCUCUUCUACGAUGCGAUCGUACACAUCACCCUGGAAGGCCCGUUCGUCUACAUGUCACUAGUUGGCACCGUCGAGACCUCGGACAACCUCAUUGCCGAACUGUGGAAGGAGUAUGGCAAGGCAGACCGGCGCUGGCUUCACUCGGACCCAAACAUCGUGUCCCUAGAGCUGCUGACGGUGGUGCUGGGUGGCUUGCUAGCCUUGGUGCUCGCCUAUGCCAUCAUCAAAGACAAACACUACAGGCACUUUGUCCAGAUUACCCUGUGUGUGUGCGAGCUGUAUGGAGGCUGGAUGACAUUCUGUCCGGACUGGCUGACCGGUAGCCCCAGCCUUAACACCAGCAACUGGCUUUACUUGUGGAUCUACCUCGUGUUCUUCAACGGCGUGUGGGUGGUCGUUCCGGGACUAUUACUCUGGCAGUCGUGGAUUUGGCUGAAGGAAAUGCACAAACCACAGAGAAGUUUGUCUUCGAAGAAAACUGAAUAAAAUGUCAUUUAUAUGGAA